CCGAGUGGCGACGUGUUUACGUGACGGCGACAACAGCCCUACCCUGGCCGACAGCAUGAAGCCUGGAGUCCGAGAGGCAGUGUUGGCGAGGGGCUCCAUUUGACAGCGGCUGAGUACUGAGCACGAGGGGGAGGGUGGAAAGCAACGUCUUGCGGCGGAACGAGGAUGGAGAGAAGGAAGAAGGAGGCGGCGGCUGCGAAGGAUAUUCAGCUCUCUGCAGAAGUAGAACCAUUUAUACCCCAGAAGAAGGGAACUGAUAUUCUUGUUCCUAUGGCUCUUCCUAAUGAUGGAAAUGGUACUGGUGUCGAAGCUCCUCCUAUACCAAGCUACUUGAUAACCUGUUAUCCCUUUGUGCAAGAAAAUCAAUCUAAUAGGCAAUUGCCUGUGUAUAAUGGUGAUAUUCGGUGGCAGCAAGUGAAUCCAAAUUCAUCAGGACCAUACCUUGCCUAUCCCAUAUUGCCAACACCACAGCCUCCUGUUUCUACAGAUUAUGCUUACUACCAGCUCAUGCCAGCACCAUGCACACCAAUGGUGGGUUUUUAUUCUCCCUUUCCUCCACCAUACACUGCACCUUUCCAGCCAGCCAAUGUGGUGAAUGCAUUGUCUGACUGCAGUGAAAGACCUGUUACUGCCGGACAAGCCUGCCAAGCUAGCACUCAGAGAAGCAGAACCAGCAGAGGUCCAGUGCCGAAGGUUUUGAAAACGACCAAGCCUCUGGUGAGAAACGUAGCUGUUCAAAAGGAAAACAGUGCCUCGGGUCCUGAAAAUAGAUCGAAGAUUGUGUUGCUGGUGGACGCCAGUCAGCAAACAGAUUUUCCUGGGGAUGUAGCCAAUAAAACACACACCGAGAGGGCCAGCCCCUUGAUUUGGAAAUCAAAAGUCAGGAGAAGAAGAGCAUCUCACCCUGCUGCUGAAUCUUCAAGCGAACAAGGAGCUAGUGAAGCUGACAUUGACAGUGAUAGUGGCUACUGCAGUCCCAAGCAUAGCCACAGUCAGACCACAUCAGCUACUACAAGGAGUACAGAAUGCAAAGUCGCCGAUUUAACAGGGAUUGCAGGAGGCCCCAGUUGGGCGAAUGUCGCUUCCCAAGCACCACAAAGGUUUGGGAUGGACAGAAUCCAGACAUUUUCUUGUGGUCGAGUUGGCAGGCCGGCAGAUCUGCGAAACUCUCAGGAUAACUCCAGAGGAAAGGUGCAAAGUUUGUCUUCACAAAGAAUGUCAAACCAUCAAAAGAAUCGAGAUUGGACUGCAGGACAGUCGCCUGAAGCGCAACAGUUUGUCAGUGGGCAUAUGACUGGAACUGAUCAAAAACCUGAUUCUUUAUGUUUUGAGGAUGACAGUGAGUUUCCAGAAUUGAUCAUUGGAGCUGGUGUUUCCAAGAGCAAAGCCCAUGAUAAUACUCAGAAUAAAAAUUCUCCCAUUUGUCAACUUUCUAAAAAGCAACUCGGGCUGGGCGAUCUUCCAGAAACUUCUCCAAUCAACAUAGUGCAGACACCUAUUCCAAUAACUACAGCUAUUCCAAAGCGUGCUAAAAGUCAAAGGAAAAAAGCAUUGGCUGCAGCCCUUGCUACUGCUCAGGAGUAUUCCGAGAUUAGCAUGGAACAGAAAAAACUCCAGGAGGCUCUGAAUAAGGCAGCAGGGAGGAAGAGUAAAGCCCCUGUACAACUGGAUCUUGGUGAUAUGUUAGCUGCACUAGAGAAACAACAACAAGCCAUGAAGGCAAAGCAACUGACUAACACAAAACCUCUAUCCUACUCUGUUGGUACAAGUACACCUCUUUCCAUCAAAGACUGUGGGAACAUGAAAACUUUACAUAAAAAUCAGCAGUUUAUUGGAUUUCAUAAUCCGUUGGAUUCUGGUGCCCCCAAGAUAAAGCGAGGGAAGGAGAGGGAGAUUCCAAAAGCAAAACGUCCAACUGCACUUAAAAAGAUUAUCCUGAAGGAAAGAGAAGAAAAGAAAAAUAGAUUUUCAAUAGAAUCAACAGUUGUAGGAUCAGAGGAACCGGGUGAUGAACAAAUGAACUUUUCGGAGGAGCAGUCUAUAACCCAGGAAGUGGUUUCGCAGGAAGAUAUUGGAUUGAGCGUUCCCAGUGACACAUCUCUGUCUCCUGCAAGCCAGAACUCUCCAUAUAGUAUGACACCAGUUUCACAAGGGUCUCCAGUCAGCUCAGGAGUUGGCAGUCCAAUGGCUUCUUCGACGAUCACGAAAAUUCACAGCAGACGUUUCAGAGAAUACUGCAACCAAGUGCUUAGUAAAGACAUUGAUGAAUGUGUGACUUUGUUGUUGCAAGAACUUGUCCGUUUUCAAGAACGAAUUUACCAGAAAGAUCCAAUCAAAGCCAAAAUGAAGAGAAGGCUUGUUAUGGGUUUACGUGAAGUGACAAAGCACAUGAAACUAAAAAAAAUUAAAUGUGUGAUCAUCUCUCCAAACUGUGAGAAAAUUCAGUCAAAAGGUGGACUAGAUGAAGCUUUGUACAAUGUGAUUGCCAUGGCUCGGGAACAAGAAAUUCCUUUUGUUUUUGCUCUUGGCCGUAAAGCUCUUGGUCGAUGUGUGAAUAAACUUGUUCCUGUAAGUGUUGUGGGGAUCUUCAACUACAGUGGUGCUGAGAGCUUGUUUAAUAAACUGGUGGCAUUAACUGAGGAGGCCCGUAAGGCAUACCGUGACAUGGUGACAGCUUUGGAACAAGAACAAGCUGAAGAAGCCUUAAAGCACACCAGAAAGGUACCACACAUGGGCCAUUCUCGUAACCCUUCUGCAGCAAGCGCAAUUUCAUUCUGCAGCGUUAUAUCUGAACCCAUUUCUGAAGUGAAUGAAAAGGAAUAUGAAACCAACUGGCGAAACAUGGUAGAAGCCACUGACGCACCUGAAUGUUGCGAGAAUGAGAAACCCAUAUCAAGUGUGACCACUGGCCUGGAUAAGUCUUCAAGUUUACCAGCAGCUGUAGGCAAAGCCAACAAACCAAUCCUGGGAAUAACCACUAGUUCUUCUGUGGGUCAGGCAACUCGCGCUACAGACAAGGAAGAAGGGAAAACAGAUGAUAUAUUAGAAUGGGCCUCUCAGCAGAGCACUGAGACAGGAUCACUUGAUGGUAGCUGCAGGGAUAUUCUUAAUUCUUCCAUGAUCAGCACCACCAGCACUCUUGUACCCGACAUGCUUGAGGAGGAGGAAGAUGAUGAAGAGGAGGAAGAAGAUGACAAUGCUGCUGAACCUGUUACCAUAGUGGUCACAUUUAGCAGCAGAAUUGAUGAUUGGGUAUCAGAAGCACAAAAAACACUGGAAACAUUGCAGCUCAGCAAAAAUAUUGAUAGUACAGAGGAAGAUCACAAUGGGCAAAGUGACAUAGAAGAACUAGAUGCAGUGGAACAGAUAGAUGUAACUACAGAUAGUGAAAGCUCUCAACUUGCAGAACCAGAAAGUCAAACCUGCUAAUAAUUUUAGAUCCUGGACCAGCAGCUCUUGCACAGAGCACAAUUUAUUUUUUUAGGUAGACUCAUGGGAUUACGAAAAUCGUUUUGUCAAUUUUUGCAUUGAAACAUAAGCUACUGUUAAAAACAUUUUGCGCCCAUUUACAUUUUAUUUGGAACAGGUUAAUAUUUGGUUUAGUAUAGAAUUUUUCCAAUUCAGUUCUGUAAAAUAUGUGUGCAUAUCUGAAAGUCAUAGUUACAAGCCACAAAAUAUUUAGAUUUUUUUCUUUAUAUAUUUAACAUCCUUUGUUUAAUUGGUUUCCCCUCUUGCAGGUCAACUUACUUUGGCCUUCUGAUCGAAGUUAUAUUGAAAUUUUACUUUAAAAUGUAAUUAAUUAAGCCUCAGUAGCUGCUUUAAUCAAAUUUCAUAGCUAACUAUACGAAACAUUUUUGUGAGCAAUCAUUCGAGUCUACUUAAGGAUUACUGUAAGCAAAACAAUAUAUCAACAACCUCAGGAACACAUAAACACACAUAGGAACAGUUAAUUUAAGAACUUGCUGUUUAUAACCUUGUCAUUUCAAUCUCACCGAUAUAUGAUCUGAAUUAGCAAUUGUACAGAAAUCGUAAAAUUUUGUUAGCAAGUUUGUCUCAUCUCACAACCUGUCCCACAUUAAGUUGUUUUGUGUAACUUAAAUUGCAAAAUAAAUGGAUUGCUUUCUGGAUGGUUUAUGGAAAUACUUUCAGAAUCUCUGGAGAAAAUGUAAAAAAAUGGAGAAAAGCCAGUAGUUUUGUUUACAAGAAAUUCAGACUCUGAAGUGGUAGUAAUUUCAUAGAAUUUGAUUUAACUCACUGUAAAAGUUUUGUCUGUUUGGAAUAGCAAUGAUGGUGUUUUUAAGAAAUCUUCUCCUUGUACAAAAUACUUCUUUUCAUCUUCAGAGUCCAGUGGUGUCCAGUUAUGUGCAAUAACUUGAAACUGAUAGAGUUGCAUGUAACCACAUUUGCUUAUAAUAAAAUGAUUGAUCCUAUUGGCUGUAAAAAGAGCAUUACUGGGAUGUGAUGGAUAUUAUCUAAUCCUGCUAUAAGCAAACUUUAGAUAAAUAUAGAGCUGACUUGUAUUCAGAAAGUUGAUUAAAUGUUAAGCUUCCUAAUUCCCAAAUUCUAAAUUCCUAUUUCUUCCUUCUAUCCAUUUGCCCAAAGAAAUAUUUGGGUUUAACCUGAAACAAUGUGAAACGUUUAUAUUUAUAAACUAUAUAAGUAUGUCCUUGUGUGUAUGGGAUGAUACCUAGAAAUACUAUAAUUUUAACUGAGAUGAACAAGCAAAUUUCUUUGUAAAACUUUCAUUAACAGCAUUGUGCUGCAUAUGUUUACAUAAACGUGAACGAUGACAAUUGUAAUUAUCUUGUUGAUCAACUAAUGGUUCCUUUGUACCUGAUCAGGCUUGCAAUUUCUGAGAAUGCAGGUUGAGUGUGUUUUUCUACAAAAUUUCAAUUUUGGGCCUCUUGUAUAGUUACAAUUGUACCUGUGAUGCUGUCACUUAAGUAAUGCUGACAGUAGUAACUGAGUUAUAUACUCAUUUGAACAUCUUUGUGAAUUUCGUUACUGAGGUAAUAUUUUUAAUAGCAUUUGAAAAUUGAACCUACAUUGAAAGGUAAAAUCUGAGUAGCUUAGAUUCUUUUACAUUGAAAAAUAUUUAGCAGAGUUCAUAUGCAUUUGGGCAAAUCAUAACCUGUGACUUCACUUGCAUCAUGACCCUCCUGCAAAUUUAUUUUACAUUGAAUUGAUGGCAGUCAUUUUUGUAAAUCCACAGGAUGUAUUGUAUCGGAAAAUACACAGGAGAGAAAGGGGCAGCAUAUUUUUGUCAUGAAAAGUUAAUUAUCAGAUCUUCAGUUCUGCUUGACUAUUUACUAAUAAAAAUGUUUGCUAGUUGCAAUCGAAUGUAAAUAAAUUAUGCUUUUACGAGUAUGAAUUGUAGGGCUUAAAUGAAGUGUGUAUUAACCAAUUGUAGAAUUUCUUUGGCGUUUCUCAACUAACAUAAACUGACUCCUACAAGUGUUAUGUUAAAAAUGGGCAGCACUAUGUUGCACAUCUACCUAAGCUAAAUUUUUAUAUGGCUUUUGAUGAAACCAAAUCAGAUUAAAUUUGCAUCAUAUUCAAGAUGGCAUGGAAAUCCUGAUUGGUGGAUCUUUCAGCCAUUCAUUUAUCUAAAGAAGAACAUGUUUUCACUAUGAAAAGUUUGUUGCUUUAUAGAAAUGAUGGGAGAAAACUACUGGUGUAUGGCAAUGUUUUACAAAUGGUGUUUUCUGAUUCCACAAUGAUGCAUUUAGAUGUGCUUGGAAGUUUAUAGUUCCUGGUAGCACCAGCAGGUGGUGUAGACCUUGAUCUAUAGCAACACCUGGUGCUUUUAAAACUUUUAGAAAAUAUUUCUAACCUUUGUAAAGAGACUUCCUUUAUCAUUUGUUUGAUAUGGUUAACUGCAUUUGUAAAUUUAUAUCUAAAAUAGAAACAUUAGUAUACACUACGGUGGGGACUUUUUGAACAAUCUCCAGUAUUUAAUUCUUAAUAAACGACUAAUAUAUUAAGCAAAGCAACUUUUAAAAUGAUUUGGUUACCUUGUCCAACAAUUUGGCUCCUUUCUAAUGUGGGCAAAUGACCUGAACAAGUUUAAAUUCUACACUUAUUACUUCAAAUGGAAGAAGAUACAUUCCAUCAAGCUGAUAGUUAUAAAUCUAAAAACGCUAUACAAUUUGAAAUUUGAGCAGUGGGUUAUCUGUAGCUUAUACAGUAAUACAGUGUAUGUAAUCCAGUGGAUCUUCCAUGUAUCCCAGUUAAUAGGAACCAAUUUUUUUUUCCAUUGCCCAACUUUUGAACAACAAAAGAUUGUACGACACAAACAUUUCUGUUUGGAAACAUUCCCCAGUUUGCAUCCCAGUGAGUACAGGAUUUGUUAUAUUUUGAAUACUCAAUGCUAAAGCAAUUACAAUUGAGAGGAGUGACCUGACCAUAAAUUGUAUUGAUUAGAAAUAUUAGCCAGAUUUGUUUAAUCCAAUCCUAUAAAUUAAGCCAUGCCAUUAUGUUUCUGUCAGAGGCAGAAAAACCUGAGAUUGUUAACAUUCAGUCAUGUGCCUCUCAUUGUCUCUUAAAUAAGAAAUAGUUAAUAUCUUUGUAUUUUAUUGUCACAUAAGUUAUUUUUAGAAUAUGAAUCAAAACAGAAAAACAGGUGCAAAGUAAAGAUUUGAAAAUUAGUUAUAUGAAGGGUGAUCUGUUUUUUUGUGCUUUAAAUGACUAGCAUACUGCAUUGUACAUAAUUCAGUAAUUAAAAAGGCAUACUUUGCACUAUGUAAAUAUCAGUUAAUUUUCCCUUCUGUAACUAAUAAAUUAUCCAGAUUAUUGAA